GAUCCCCUCUUUCGUUUGCUGGGACCCGGCGGGAGGGCGGAGGGACUAGCGGCUAGGUCCCCGAGGGCCCCCAGCGCCAGGUGGGGCUGAAGCUCCGGGGCGGGCCAGGGCGCCGGCGCCGGGCUCCGCCUCAGCUGUGCGGGGCCCGUCGGGUCGAAUGAACCGGGCCGACCGGGUACUCCGAGCUUCCCCCGUUCCACGUACUCAGGGGAAGCAUCGUCUGUCUUCCUCUUGAACAGCUCCAGUCCCCGCUGUGACAGUCACAGGAGCGAGGAGUGCGCGCGCGUGGUGUAAAGUGGCCUGUAGAGUCCCACACCUGUUUAGUUCUAAUGCCAAACUUCACGUCAAAGGACGGGAGUUGUGUAUGCUUACUCAUUUGCUGGGCAAAUUAUUUGCGACGGAAUGGCGGACUAAGCAAGAAGAUUGGAAGAAAGCAGACCCAGGACUCAGAUAGGAGAAUAAACCUCUACGAAAACUGCAGAAUUUGGGAAAAGUGACUUCAUUUAUUAUUACUAUAUGAUUUAAUGGUGGAAAUAAUUUGGUUUCUCCAUGAAUUGAUUUCCAGUUUGAAGCAAGUAUUUAUAUCCGUGUGUUUUUUGUUGUCGCUGUGUUUUGUUUUAACUGAUGUGGUAGUUUCUCUGGCAAGGGCUAGAAUUACAUUACAGGCAUAUCUAUCUAUGCAGCGUGUUAUAGAAUUAAAUAUUUAGAUAUCUAAAUUAAGUUAAAAAGUGUUUUAAUAAUUAAAACUCUAACAUAUGGGUAUAGGUGAUAUAGUGAUAUAGCAUGUAUCUUUAGUUUCAUCUUUUUCUUUGAAAUGAUGACUAAUUGGCUAUGCUUGCCCUAAAGAUUGAUAAACCUCUGAUGAAGCCAUGACCAGGUGGGCACGAGUUACUACCACACAGAACAAAAGACCUUUCCCUGCAACAUCAUGGGAGGAUAUGAAGAAGGGGUCCUUUGAGAGGAAAAGCCAAAACCUACCAAAGAGUAAACAACUUGAAGCCAAUAGGCUGUCCCUUAAAAAUGAUUCACCCCAAGCAAAACACAAGAAGAAUAAGAAGAAAAAGGAGUAUUUAAAUGAAGAUGUGAAUGGAUUCAUGGAAUAUCUAAGACAAAACUCACAGAUAGUUCACAAUGGGGAAAUGAUAGCAACAGAGAGUCAGGAAGUAAGGGAAGAAAUUGCAGUUGCUUUAAAGAAAGACAGUCGCCGGGAAGGAAGACGAUUAAAAAGACAAGCAGCAAAGAAAAAUGCAAUGGUAUGUUUCCAUUGUAGAGAACCUGGCCACGGGAUUGCAGAUUGCCCAGCUGCCCUUGAGAGUCAAGAAAUGGGCACCGGAAUAUGUUACCGGUGUGGAUCCACAGAGCACGAAAUAACUAAGUGCAGGGCUAAAGUAGACCCAGCUCUCGGUGAAUUUCCUUUUGCAAAAUGUUUUGUUUGUGGGGAAAUGGGACAUCUGUCCAGAUCUUGUCCUGAUAAUCCCAAAGGACUCUAUGCCUAUGGUGGUUGCUGCAGACUUUGUGGCUCUGUGGGACAUUUUAAGAAAGAUUGCCCCGAAAGUCAGAAUUCAGAUCGAAUGGUCACAGUUGGUCGCUGGGCAAAGGGAAUGAGUGCGGACUAUGAAGAAAUUUUGGAUGUGCCUAAACCACAGAAACCCAAAACAAAGAUACCUAAAGUUGUUAACUUUUGAUGAGUAGUACUAUCGUUUGUUACCACCUCAUUGUUAAACAUUCUGAAAAGGGCCUAUUUCUUAAGUUGGAGCUGGACUCUCCCUUGGAGGCCUGUAUUGUAGAUAUCAGUAUAAUCUAGGUGUGGUCAAACCAGUUCCUGAGUUCUCUCCAUCAAGGAGCACUUCUACCAUUGUUUGGGGAAGAUCACUGAAAAAAAGUAUAAGAUGUUUAAAAUGGAUUUUCUAAAAGAAUAUAUUUUUAACCAAUAGAACUUAGGUGUAACUGAGUGGUUAUAUACCUGAUUGUAACAAUCAUCUUUUCCUUAAAAACAAAAUUAUGCAUUAAUAUGAACUGUCCCUACACAUAGGGUACCUGCUUUGCAUUUGGAAAUGAAUUUUUGGUUAUGUUGUUUUCUUGGUUCAAAGUAUCAAUUUAUUAUUAUAUUAGAAAUUAAUUUAUAAUUGCCACAAAUAUCUGUAUUUUUAAAAUAUUUAAUAAAAACUUGUUUGCUAUUUA